AUGGCUUCCCGAGUUGCAGCUCUGCUCUUGCUGGGUGUCCUCUGCUUUAGCUUUGCAUCAGGUGAGAUCGCAGUGGACUGCUGUCUGCAGGCUAUCGACAAGCGUUUGCCCUCCAAAAACAUCGUGGACUACAUCAUUCAGGAAGCUGGGAAAGGCUGUGAAAUAAGCGCUACUGUGUUCAUUACCAACCAUGGCAGAACUCUGUGUGUCAUCCACCCCAGCCAGAAACCAUGGGUGAGAAAUCUCAUCAAUAUCGUGAACAAGAAAAAGCAAGCACAACAGUAA